GACUGCCCUUGCGACCGGUUGUGUCAUGUGUCCCAUCUGCUGUGUGCUGCUCUCGAUUGCCGUGCUCUUGGCACUGGUCUAUGUGUUCCUCACCUGGAACUUUGACUACUGGAGGAAGCGAGGCAUUAAGACGGCUCCAUCAUGGCCAUUUGUGGGCAGCUUUCCCAGCAUUUUCACUCGCAAGCGGAACAUCGCCUACGACAUAGACGAUAUCUAUCAACAGUACAAAGAGACAGAGAACAUAGUUGGUGUGUUCACCACGCGACGGCCACAGCUGCUGGUUAUGUGUCCGGAAUUUAUACACAAGAUUUAUGCCACCGACUUCCGGAGCUUCCAUGACAACGAACGCGGAAAUUUCGUGGACAAAAAGGUGGAUAAGAUCCUGGGAAACAAUCCUUUUGUUUUGAAGGGGGAUGAAUGGAAGGAGAGAAGGACAGAGAUCACGCCUGGCUUGUCCCCGAACAGGAUCAGGGCCGUGUAUCCUGUGUCCCAAAGUGUCUGCCGAAAGUUUGUGGAUUACAUCAAGCGGCAGCAAAAAAUGGCCACCUCUCAGGGACUGGAUGCCAUGGAGCUCUCUCUUUGCUACACCACCGAAGUGGUUUCCGACUGCGUCCUGGGAAUCUCCGCUCAGAGUUUCACCGACACUCCUACGCCUCUAGUGGGAAUGAUUCAGCGAGUUUUCAACUCUUCCUUUGGAUUUAUCCUUUACAGCGUGGUAGCCAACCUCUGGCCACCAAUACGCAAGUUCUAUAGCGUGGCUCUGUUCACCAAGGAGGCUGAGGAUUUCUUCUUUGACAUCAUGAGACGCAGCAUCGCUUUGAGGCGGGAGAAACCGACGCAGCAACGCGAUGACUUCCUGAACUAUAUGCUGCAGUUGCAGGAGAAGAAGGGCCUGGAUACAGUGGAGUUGACCUCGCACACAAUGACUUUCCUUACGGAUGGAUUUGAGACUACGGCUCUGGUGCUGUCUCACACUCUGUUGUUGCUGGGACGACAUCCAGAGGAGCAGGAAAAGGUUCUGAGGGAAAUUGGGAAGGCAGAUCUGAGCUUCGAGCAGCUGUCUGAGCUGUCCUACCUGGAAGCCUGCAUUCAUGAAACAUUGCGUUUGUUUUCGCCGCAAGUUGCUUCUCGCAAACUGGUAACCGAAUCCUACGACUUUGUGAACAAAAACGGAGUCACCUUGCGGUUGAAUCCUGGGGAUGUGGUCAUAGUACCCGUGAAAGCUCUGCACCAUGAUCCACAGUAUUAUGAGAAUCCGGAGGCCUUUAAACCUGAGCGUUUCCUGGAUGCCAAUGGCGGCGUGAAGAAGUACCGGGAUAUGGGCGUCUAUCUGCCCUUUGGCGAUGGACCGCGUAUCUGUCCAGGCAUACGUUUUGCUCUCACUCAACUCAAGGCAGCUCUUGUGGAGAUCGUAAGGACUUUUGAGAUCAAGGUUAAUCCCAAGACACGCUCCGAUGAUCAGAUAGAUGAUACAUUCUUUAUGGCUACCCUAAAGGGGGGGAUCCGGUUGGAUUUUAAAGAGCGCCAGUGAAUUUUAUUAAUUUCAAAACAAUAAUGUUAAAAGGGACACAUAAAAAGUAUAAUUUACUAUAUUUUAAAUAAAAACAAGAAAGAAAGCUAACUUUGGCCAGCCAAAGUUUGUAUACGUUUGCAGGUAACAAUUAAAAU